AGAAAGAUCAGAGAAGCAGGCACAUCUCGUGCAAGUAGACCUACACAGUUUAACGCUAACGUGGGCCCUGAAUAGUGCUGUUGGCGUGUAUCUUUAAUAGAAGAAUUUAGAGCAGCUGAACUGCAUUUCUGUGGAAAAGAAAGCCAAUCGGUGUUGUUUUGAACACACAGCCGCUAAUUUCCCCCUUGAAGUCCAAACGCCGACGUGCGGUGUUCACUUCCACCCCGUACAACGAAAACCGGUCUGUUGUCCUUCGUGAAAUUCUCGCUGCCCUUUUGGCUUUUGUUGUUGUUGCUGUUGUUGGCAUUCACCAUGCGUACGAGCGUGCAGUGGUCCGAAACGGCCGACGCCGUUGGCGGCAUUCGGCCUCCCAUCAACAGCGUAUGCUAUUGCCCUUCGGGCGAUUACGUGGUAGCGUCCUGCGGCGUGCGCGUGCUUGUCUACGCGGCCUCAACCGGCACCCUUCUUCACUCGCUGAAGGGUCACCAGAACACGGUGUACUGCGUGGACUACAGCUCCGAUGGCAAGCGCUUUGCGAGCGGUGGCGCGGACCGCACCGUCAUUGUCUGGACCAACAAAGGCGAAGGCAUCGUCAAGUAUCAGCACAAGGACUCCAUCCAGGCGCUGGCGCACAAUCCCACCUCGUCGCAACUGGUUUCAGUCUCGGGCAUCGACUGGGGCAUCUGGGAACCGGACCAGCCGAAGGUGUCCAAGUACGCGCUGCCGUCCAAAGGCCUCAGUGCGGCGUGGACGCCGAACGGCAAGAUGCUGGCGAUCGGCAUGCUCGACGGGACGAUUUUGCUCCUCGAACGCGGACUCGAGGAGAAGGUGCGCCUUCGACGCCCCGCCCCGGUGUGGGCGCUGGGUUUCAGCCCGCUGCGAGAAAACGGUGUCGACGUGCUCGCCGUCGGCUCGUGGGAUCACCGGCUGUCCUUCUACAACCUCGCCGGUGCCCCGGUGGGCAAGGAGCGGGAGCUGAACUUUGACCCCUGCAGCCUUUCCUUCUUCAACAACGGCAAGUACAUUCUCAUCAGCGGGAGUGAUCACAAGGUUACCCUCUUCACCGGCGAUGGCAACCGUCUGAUCGACGUGGCGGACGCCGACGACUGGAUUUGGACGGCCCGGCAGCGACCGCGGCAGCAGCAGAUCUGCUGCGGCACCAACGAUGGCACCAUCAGCAGCAUCAACAUCGCCGUCACCACGGUGCACGCCAUCUACAAUGACCAGUACGUGUUCCGCAAGAACAUGACCAGUGUCGUGGUGCACCAGCUCUCCCUCGAUCGCAAAAUGACGAUUCCGUGCAACGAGUACGUGCGCAAGCUCGCCACCUUCCGCGACCGCCUCGCCGUGCAGUUCCAGGAGCGCAUCGUUGUGUUUGAGUUUUUCUACGACGACGAGCGAACGAUGCGCUACCAAGACAUCGCGCAAGUCCGGCGCCGUCUGGAGUGCUCGCUGCUGUCCGUCACGACGAAUGCGUUGAUCACUUGCAAUGACAAGCGCAUUACCAUGUACGACUUCCAGGGCAACAAGCGGCGUGAGUGGGCGAUGGAGAGCGCGGUGCAAUUUAUCAAGGUUUCCGGCGGGAUGGAGGGGCGCGAGAUUUUACUGGUGGGGCUGAGCGGUGGGCAGGUCAUGAAGGUCUUUGUCGACAACCCCUUCCCGACCCUCCUGCACAAGGUCGAUCAGCCGGUGAAGAGCGCGGACCUGAACAGUGCCCGCGACCGUCUCGCCGUGAUCGACAACGCGAACAAGUUACACGUGCUGCGGCUGGGAAAGAAGAACGAGCUGCUCUUCACGGAGGAGAACGUGACGGCGGUGGCGUGGAACAUCGACAUUGCGGAUAUCAUCGCCUUCACCUGUGGGAACAACACGUUGAACGUCAAGACCGGCACCUUGCCCGCCUAUCAGCAGGUGGUCCGUGGCAUCGUUGUUGGCUUCAAGGCGAACCACAUCUUCAAUCUUCACUACGCGAAUAUAAUGACGCUCGAUGUCCCGCACUCGCACGCGCUGUACAAGUACGUAGAGCAGAAGGAGUUGGACCGCGCCUACGAGGUGGCCUGCCUCGGUGUGACGGAUGGCGACUGGAAGAUGCUGGGCCUGCACGCGAUGCGCGAUCUUCGGCUGGACAUCGCCCGCAAGUCUUUCACCCACAUCCAAGACGCGAAGCUGGUGGAGCUGCUGAAGACGUUAGAGCUGCGUCGCAGCCACUCCACGGCCUCUCCGCUGUCCUCUCCCACCGGGGGUGCGGCGGUCGUGCCGGCAGCGGCACCUACGGGUGGGGAGGACGCCAGGAAGACCACCGCCGAAGAUGAGAGUGCGAGGGAAACGGACGACGGCCUGCUUUACGGCAGCAUCCUCGCCUUCCAGGGCAAGUACCAGGAUGCUGCUAGGCAGUUUAUCAAGUUCGGCAGCGAGCUGAAGGCGAUGGAGAUGUACUGUGACCUGAAAAUGUGGGACGAUGCGAAGAAGAUCUGCAGUGAUGAGAAGAUGCUGAAGGACUUGAUUCGGCAGCAGGCCCGCUGGGCUGAGGACUCGCAGAACUUCAUCGAGGCGGCGUCCUUGUACGAGAGCUGCGGCGACUACGCCAAGGCGAUUGGGAUGAUGGGACAGGCCGGACAGGUGGACAAGCUCAUGAAGAUGUGCCGCGCCUUGCCCAAGUCAGAGGUGACGCUCAUCACCGAGUGCGCGAACUACUUCCGUCAGCACGACGCCAUCCCCUACGCAAUUGAGGCCUACGAGCGCGUGCAGGACCACGGUGCACUCGUGCACAUUUACGUCGCGCGUGGCAACUGGCGAGACGCCUUCACGAUGCUCGAGAAGGCGCCGUCACUGGCGCGUGACGUGUACGUGCCGUGGGCGAGUUGGUUGGCCGACAACGACAAGUUCGACGAAGCAAUGGAGGCGUUUCGCGCGGCGAAGUGGCCGAAGGAGGCGACGCGGCUGAUGGAGACGCUGGCGACGAACAGCGUCACGUGUCGCAAGUUCGGUGACGCUGCCUUCUACUACGUCCACUUGGCCGAGGAGUACGGUCAGUUCGAGGACGAUGAGCACCCCACCGAUGCCGAAAAGGCUGCACGUAUUCGCCGCAGCAACGAGUGCGUGCGCCGCGGCGACAUCUACUAUGCAUUUCAGAACGUUUACGCCCACACGACGCAGCCGCUGCCGUACAACGAGCUGAGUCUCUUUCGCACGUCGAAGUACCUGCUGGGCAUGUGCGCCGGCUCUGCGAUUCCGAUGAAUGUUGGGAAGGCGGCCAUUCUGUACACCUUGUCGCGCAUAGCGAACCGCCUCGAGAUGGUGCGCACCGCACGUACAGUCUUUGAGAAGCUGCAGAGCGUCAUUCUGCCGGUUUCCAUGAUGGAGCAAGUCGACGUGGAGACGUUGAUUGUGCGCAGCAAGCCCGUGAAGGACCGUGAGGAGCUGCUCGAUUACUGCUUCCGCUGCAACCAGGUCGUCCCCCAGCUCACCAUUGCCGGCGACCGCUGUCCAAACUGCUUUCACCCCUGCGUGCGCUCCUUUGUGAACUUCGAGUGUCUGCCGUUGGUGGAGUUCAUACUGGACAACGACGUGUCAGACGAGGAGGCGGAGCGGAUUAUCGUGUCGGGUGUCGGCCGCCGCCGCUCAGCUGACGACGAACCCAACAACAAGGGGAACACGGACAGUCCGACGGCGGCAGCGAAGCAGCCAAAAGCGAAGGAGUGGACGUCGGACACGGGAGCCAACGUCAUCAACUUCGAGGCGGACAACAUCGACUACGAGAUUGACAAGCAACUGCAUGCGAUGGGACGCUCUAAGGCCGCGGCGAACAAAGGCGACGACCCGUUCUUCACGCAGCUGCAGUACGUCAUGCGGCCUGGACGAACCAACGGCGUGUAUCAGCCGUACGUGGCGACGGCGGACAUACUGAAGGGCUUCCGGCGCGAUGAAGUCUUCAUUGUGCGUCCCCGCUACGGAACGUUGCCGGUGCCGAACCGCUACUACCGCCUCAUGCGCCCCGAUGUAAGCAUCUUGCUCUGCGAGGGGUGCCAGCACUUUUUCGUCUCUGCGGACUACGAGGUGGAGUGCAUGAAAGGCAGCGGAUGCCCCCUGUGCCGCUACCGCCCCGGGAAGCAGGUGAGCCGUUCCAUGAAACAAAUCAUGUUUGACAUGGAGGCCCAAGCCGCCGCCUCAGCGGCUCCUCCGUUGUAA